CCAUGUCCGGCUCCGGCAGGAAAGACUUCGACGUGAAACAUAUCCUUCGCCUCCGCUGGAAACUGUUCAGCCACCCCUCGCCGGCGGGCGGCCCGGCGGGGGGGGGCUGCUUGCCGCCCGACAGCAGCUUCGAGCACUGGGGGCCCAGCCAGAGCCGCCUGCUGAAGAGCCAGGAGAGAGGAAACGGCGCCUUCUGGAAGAAAUCCGCCUCCUCCGCCUCCUCGGCGGCCACCACCGCCAGUCCGCCCAACGGGACGCUGCUGCCCGCCGGCGGCCGGCCCCGCGGGGGGCACGGCCCGGGGCCUCCGCCGCCCCGCACCGUCUUCUACGUGGAGUCCCUGGAGGAAGAAGAGGAGGAGGCGGAGGCGGCGCCCGGCAGGAUGGAGGUCGCCCGGGAACCCGAGAAGCCCCUGGCGCCGCCGGAGCAGAAGGAAGCGCCGAGGGGCUGCGCGGACGGCGGGUGUCCUGCAACAGGUGACGGAGGAGGGCACAGGCUGUCAGCAGCCAGCCAUCCUUUAUCACCUCACUGCGACAUAGAUUCAAGUACCUCUGAGGAAUUCUACCAGGCUGUUCACCACGCUGAACAAACCUUCAGAAAAAUGGAGAGCUACCUGAAGCAACAGCAGCUCUGUGAUGUUAUCCUGAUUGCUGGGGAUCGCAAGAUACCUGCUCACAGACUUGUUCUUAGUUCUGUCUCUGACUACUUUGCUGCCAUGUUUACAAGUGAUGUUUGUGAAGCCAAGCAAGAAGAGAUCAAAAUGGAAGGCAUUGACCCUAAUGCAUUAUGGGAUCUUGUUCAGUUUGCAUAUACAGGCUGCCUAGAAUUGAAAGAGGACACUAUUGAAAAUCUUCUAGCAGCUGCCUGCCUCCUCCAGCUCCCACAAGUAGUAGAGGUUUGCUGCCAUUUUCUAAUGAAGCUUUUGCACCCAUCCAACUGUUUGGGAAUACGAGCUUUUGCUGAUGCGCAGGGAUGCACAGAGCUUAUGAAGGUGGCUCACAACUACACUAUGGAGAAUAUAAUUGAAGUUAUAAGAAAUCAAGAAUUUUUACUUCUACCAGCUGAAGAACUCCAUAAACUUCUUGCUAGCGAUGAUGUGAAUGUUCCUGAUGAAGAAACCAUUUUCCAUGCUUUAAUGAUGUGGGUGAAGUAUGAUAUGCAGAGGAGAUGCAGUGACCUAAGUAUGCUGCUCGCAUAUAUAAGACUACCACUGCUUCCACCUCAGAUCCUGGCUGACCUAGAAAACCAUGCACUUUUUAAGGAUGACCUAGAAUGCCAGAAACUUAUUCUGGAAGCCAUGAAAUAUCACCUUUUACCAGAGAGAAGAACUCUCAUGCAAAGUCCAAGAACUAAACCUAGAAAAUCUACAGUUGGGACACUUUAUGCUGUUGGAGGAAUGGAUAACAGCAAAGGUGCUACAACUAUUGAAAAGUAUGAUCUCAGAACAAAUAUAUGGAUCCAGGCUGGAGUGAUGAAUGGCAGGAGGCUUCAAUUCGGUGUUGCUGUCAUCGAUGACAAGCUGUUUGUCAUUGGAGGUCGUGAUGGUUUAAAGACAUUGAACACUGUUGAAUGUUACAAUCCAAAGACAAAAGCUUGGACUGUGUUACCACCAAUGUCAACACAUAGGCAUGGUUUAGGAGUUACAGUGCUUGAAGGGCCUAUUUAUGCAGUGGGAGGCCAUGAUGGUUGGAGCUAUUUGAAUACAGUUGAGAGAUGGGACCCUCAAAGUCAGCAGUGGACAUUUGUGGCAAGUAUGUCAAUUGCCAGAAGCACUGUUGGAGUAGCAGCAUUAAAUGGCAAAUUAUAUUCAGUUGGAGGUCGAGAUGGAAGCUCAUGUUUGAGUUCAAUGGAAUAUUAUGAUCCUCAUACAAAUAAAUGGAAUAUGUGUGCUCCAAUGUGUAAGAGAAGAGGAGGUGUAGGAGUGGCUACAUGUGAUGGCUUUCUUUAUGCAGUUGGAGGUCAUGAUGCUCCUGCUUCUAACCACUGCUCACGACUACUGGACUAUGUAGAAAGGUAUGAUCCAAAAACUGACACAUGGACAAUGGUGGCUCCACUGAGUAUGCCUCGAGAUGCUGUUGGUGUCUGUCUCCUUGGUGACAGGUUGUAUGCAGUAGGUGGAUAUGAUGGGCAAACAUACUUGAACACUAUGGAAGCCUAUGACCCUCAAACUAAUGAAUGGACACAGAUGGCUUCCUUAAAUAUCGGAAGAGCUGGUGCCUGUGUUGUAGUCAUCAAGCAACCAUGACUUUGUCAGCACUGCUUAGGACUUUACUGACUGUGAAAUGAUUAUUUUUCUAUCAAGACAAGAACAACUUCACAUGAACAUGGAUUUACGCAAUGAAUACUGUGUUGAUGACAAAUUUGAAGAAGCAUGAGUGAGAAAUAUAGAGGAUUUAUACCAAAUAAAAUCAUAAAAAUUAUUCAUUCCGUGAAGAAGAAAAAAAUUAGAUUGCUGUAGGCAUAAAUAUGUAAGCAUUCAAUAAUAUAUUCUGUACUGUUCUCUCAAAUGUGUUGUAGAGAACUGGAUAAUUAAAAGCAUCAAGGGACAGCUCUACAUAAGAAUCAGAAAGGAAUUCAAGAGUGGCUUUCACAGCUUUAAGAGUUUUAACAGUGGAAACAUAAAAGUAUAUUUAAUGACUUUCAAACUCUUGUUUGCUUGUUUGUUUGUUUUUUGAGAGAAAAGUAGAUAAUACAAUUUUUCUAUUGAGGUCUUUUCUUCAAAUUGGUUAUGGCUUUCCCGUCUAGACAGGUAGUUAUUUUAAGGAAGACAAUUAGAUCUUACUGAAGUGCAGAAAAAGAAAAGUCUGGAUAUUCAAUUUUAAUUUGUAAUGAUUAAGCUCUUGCUGUACAGUAGGAAGAAAAAAAAAACAAACUAACUAAACAUCCAAGAUUAUAUUAUUGUUUAGAUUGUACCUCCUUGCAUCUUAGAAUCUAUGAGGGAAAAACCCGAGUAUCCAAUCUAAUAAUACGCAAAGCAAGCCUUUGUCUACGAUGGGGUCUUGUUGCAAAUAUGGGAGUCAAAAGGACAAUGUCCUAAUUCUUUCUUAAUUUUAUAUUCACUUUAUGCACGCGAGUUCUAAUCAUGUUGUUCAAUGCACCUUCUCUAUAUCAAAAGCUCAUAAAUGGAUGGAAAAUAGAUACUAUUUCUUCAUUACCUCAGGUAAAAGGUAAACCGUUACCAGAAGAGACUAUAGAGCCUCUUCUCAUUUGAACUGACAGAUCCAAUGACAUUUCAAAAGGGAUUAAAAAAAAAAAAAAGCCCCUAUAUUUUAUUUCUUUCUGGCAUUCAUACCUACACAAUGCUGCCUGAUUAGUUUGACCAAUUUAUUACUUUCCACUUCUACAAGUAGGAAACAAACAAGUAGAUACAACUGAGAAUAUAUGCAAGUGGAAUUAGGCAAAAUUAGACUAUUUUAUCAAAUAAUUUCUACACUAAUCAAAUAUGUGCUUCCUGUUAAGAGUUAAUCAUCUCUAGCAGCAGUGGUACACUCCACUUUUGACUUGACAGUAUAUUCAACAUUGAAAUUUUCUAUAAAAUCAUAGAAUCAUAGAAUCACUCAGGUUGGAAAAGACCUUAAGAUCAUUGAGUCCAACCACAACCUAACCAUACCACCGUAAUUCUAACAACCCUCCGCUAAAUCACGUCCCCGAGCACCACAUCCAAACAGUUUUUAAACACAUCCAGGGAUGUUGACUCAAUCAACUCCCUAUUCCAGUGUUUAACAACCAUUUCUGUAAAGAAGUGUUUCCUAAUAUGCAGCCAAAGCUUACUUCGGUGCAACAUAAGGCCAUUUCUGCUUGUCUUGUCACCUGUCACCAGUGAGAAGAGACCAACCCCACUCUUGAUGUAAGCACCUUUCAGAUAUUGGAAGAGAGCAUUAAGGUCUCCCCUCAGUCUCCUUUUCCCCAGACUUAAGAGCCCCAGUUCCUUCUUGGUCAAAGCACUGUAAUGCUACUGUACUCUGUCACUAGUAAUUUUGAUAAGGAAUUCUCAUGACAGUUAGAAGAGCUUUCCUAGUACAAACCAGCUGAGCUGGAAAAAGAUAUAGUGUCUCCAGCUUUAUACAGAAAUGAAGAUGUAUCUAAUCUUUUUAAGAGCAUUAGCAUGCAUGGAGAUCUUCGCUUCCUGACACAAAGUGAACAUCAGUUCUGAAGCCUAAGUAUGCCAUUUUAAUUCUUUUGUCUACUAAUAAGAAAUCAUCUGCAAAACAUUUAAUAUUUUUUUUUUUGAAAUCUGUGUUUGAACUGCAAUUACAGUAUUUCUUCUGCAAACAAUUAUUUUUCUAUCACUGUAACACCUUGUUUAGUAACAGAUGUUACGAGUCAACAAAUUUUGCUUCACAAAAUAAUAAGCUUUUAAGACCAAACCAUGAAUUAGAAAUUUAAUUGCAAUUAAAUCUGACAUUAAUAUGCAGUUCUCCUAUACAGAUACCUAAUAAAUUUUAAAAAAUAAUUUUAAUUCUAUUUCCACAAAUUCCUUUUGAUUAUAUUCAUACACAAUAUAAAUAUACUUGCUCUAAUACUAACCUUCAAAAACUAAUUUUUAUAAUUGAAGUCUGACAGGUAUUAUUUUUUUCUCUCUCUGCUUUGAUCAUUUUUAUCUUUCGUUUAUCCUCAAUCUUAUUUUUAUUUUCAAUUUAAUUUUAUUCUCCAAAUUUGGCUCUUAGGUGUUUUUUGUUUUGUUUUGCUUUUAUGUCUAUAUCUUUUCUUCUGGACUUUUUCCUAAGAAGAAUGUAUGAAGAUGCUUUUGAUGAGAGUUUAAGUUUUCCUUGCCAUUGUGUUUACUCCUUUUAAAACAACGAUGUUUCUGUGAAUUGACAGGGAAUACAUUUAAAGUCAAAAUUAUAUUUAACUUAAAUCCUUGGUCCUAUGUUCAUUUCAAAUCACUUCCUUAUAUGCAAGUGUUAAAAUUGCUUGUAAUAGUCUGCCAUGUGCUAAAUGGUAUUGCAGGUGCAGGAAAAAGCCAGGCUGUCUCAUUGCCUAAGCAUGAUACUUGGCUCUCAGGUAAUCGCUCUGAUUUUACAGUGUGAAAAGUAAAGCAGAAUAAAAUUUUCAACUAUUAACUUCACUGAAAAUAUAAUUAAAUUCCUCAAAAUGCUCCUUACAAAUUUUAGUUUCAGAGUUUAUUACAAUAAAUAUCUCUUCCUGUUUUCUUACUCAUCUCCUCUCCCCACCUCCAGAUCAUUUUGAUGUUUCAGAGAUUUUCUGCUAUUGAGAAUAUUUUCCCACUGAAUUAUUUCUGAUGAAAGCAUCAAGUGCAAUAGUACAGCAUACUGGUAGCCAAUUCCUUACUCUCUAUGAAAAGAAUCAUAGAAUCAUAGAAUCACAAGGUUGGAAACGACCUAUAAGAUCAUCUAGUCCAAUGGUCUCCUCAUCACCAUUGCCACCACUAGCACUAAACCACAUCACGUAGCACGUCAUCCAGACACCUCUUGAACACUGCCAGGGACAGCCACUCCAUCACCUCUCUGGGCAGGCCAUUCCAGUGCCUGACCACUCUCUGUGAGAAAUAGUUCUUCCUUAUGUCUAAAGAAGUAGACAUACAGGGCAUAAUGAAUAACGGCUUAUUUUUGUUCUUCAAAAUGAAUCUUCUUUGAUACAUCUUCAGCAUUUUAAAAUUGGGUAUAUUUAAGAAUCAAUAUAAACUUUCUAAAAAUAUAAACAUUUUUAAUAGAGAGCUUUCAAGUAUUCACAAAUUACUCCAACUUUACAGAGCUGUAUUUUUAGUCAUGCGUAAUUCAUCAUUCUCCCAUUGCUGGCAUCCAGAUUUCUUACACGUGUUCUUAGUUCCCAGUUUUGUUUUGUUUUUUUCCCAGUCCAAGGGACAUGUAAAGCUGGUUGAAUAAAAUAUCAAAGGCAAUAUUUGCGACUCAUUUUGAAACUUCUGUAUGGUGUACACAAAUGAGAAAUUAGGGUCACAGAGCGUUCACAGAGCACAUUUCCAACUUUGAUAGAAGGUUUGAUUCAAGGUUAGCUUUUCUACCAUUUAUAGCAUCUUGUGUAAUCUGGAUAAUAUUUAUCAAAAUAUUAGAAGAGAUAAUACUGUGAGAAGGAUAAUAAAAUAGAAAAAAACAGUAAAAUAGUAUCUAAAAAUGUGAAAAGAAUAUUAGGAGAAUAAAUUUUUGUUUCUUGAGAGAAAACAAUUCUAUUGUUCCCAAUAGAAGCCAUUUGAUUUUAGGAAAAUAACUGCAACCAAUCUACUGGCUCGUAAAUUGAAGUAUUUGAAAGAAGUAUUUAUUUAUUUAUUUAUUUAUUUAUUUUUAAUAUAAAAUGGGAACUUUGUACAUUCAAUAGAAAAGAAGAAAAAAUAUUAGUUAUCCAAAAGUGAUUCUUAAAAUCUCAAUUUUGAAAACAGGAUAUUUUUUGAAUUUGCUAUACCAAGCAGGUGUACAUAUGCUAGGUAAUAUGGACUCAGUGCCAACUCAAAAGAGAAUCUAAAUAUAUAAAUUACAAAAUAUUUCUGUUUAAAAAUAGACUAUCCAUGCAAUGUAUUUGUUUUAACUGGAAUUAGAACGUAUAAAAUAUUCAGCGAAAUGAUUAUUCUUCAGACUUAUUCUCAACCUGCUGUAAAACUUUUCAAUUUGGCACAACCUUAUAUUUCUAGUCUAACUCCCUUGCAAUGAAUAGGACACCUACAACUCAAUCAGGCUGUUCAGAACCUGGUCUAGCCUAACCAUGAAUAGUCUCCAAAAAUGGACCUUCCACCACAUCUAUGGGAAACCCGUUCCCAUACUUCACUACUCUUAUCGUAAAAGCUUCUUCCUUAUAUCCAAACAAAAUCUCCCCUCUUUUAGUUUGAGACCAUUUCCCCUUGUCCUAUCACCACAGACCCCAUUAAAGAGUCUGUCCUUUCUUACAGUCCCCCUUUAGAUACUGAAAGGCUGCUAUCAGGUCUCCCAACGAGCCUUGCCUUGUCUUCUCCAGGCUGAACAGCCUCAGCUCUUUCAGCCUGUCCUCUUCAGGGCAGUUCCAACCAUUGGAUCAUUUUUGUGGCCUUUCUCUGAAAACAAACUCAAAAAGAUCUGUGUCUCUCUUGUACUGAGGACUCCCCAUCUGGACACAUCACUUGACGUGAGGUCUCACCAAUGCAGAGCAGAGGGGCAGGAUCACCUUCCUUGACCAGAAUUGAAGUUUAAUUGCUCAAAUUUGAAAAUAUUAGCUUGAUUUUUGAAUAAAUGUCACAUAUAGUGAGCAUAAGUGUGAGAGCACAGUCAAUUAAUAUCCAUGAAUACUGGCAUGAUGUGGAUAAGUAUGGACUAACUUUCAGAGAUCUCUUUUACCGUGAAAAUUAGCUUUUGUUCUUUACUUCUGUUAAAAGUUGUUCUGUAAGCAAGUCAUGAGUAAAUCUCUCUUACUUUGCAGAGAUAUUUCUUUAUAAAAAUAAUUUACUGUAGUUGCUACAACAUAAUAUAGUGUUCUUGGUUUUAUUUUUCUUUCUGACUGUAAGAAUAUAGAAUUGUAGAAUCAUAGAAUGGCCUGGAUUGAAAAAGGAUAAUAAUAAUCAUCUAGUUUCAAACUCCUUGCAAUAUGCAAGUUUGUCAACUACUAGAACCACAUCUGGCCCAGCCUUGAAUGCAUAUAGGGAUGGGGCAUCCACAACCUCCUUGGGCAACCUUAAGCUGUGAGUUCUAUUUAGAAUGUAAGUACAAAAAUCAACUGUAUAUGAACAAGUAUAUCUCUUAAUUAAUCAACAAGAAGUAUCAUUUAUUAAGUUGCAUCUGCAGCUCCUGGUUACCUAAGAUUAUAGCUUAACGUAAGUGAGGGCUAAGUCUUCCCUACAAGUUGAUGAGUUUAAGUAGGCACAACGUGGUUAGCAGAAUAUUAUAAAUAUUAACUAAAUAUUAACUUCCAGUGCUGACCCUGAGAGUGCAACUGCUUGCAGACGUAUUAUACAAAUUUUCCAUUAAAUUGAUCCAGUUAGAAGUCUGAACCUGAAAUCGAAAUCAGUAUCAUGGAAUGCUACAGUAUAAGUGUGUUUAGUGUGGUAAGGAACUACAGUGCAAAAUAAGGGUACAAUGAUUAGGAAUGUAUGAGAAUAUGUUAUAAAAUGUACAAAUACAGUUGUAAAUACAUUAAAUUAAGCUGUGCUGAGUUUUGCAACAUUUGCAAGAAAUUUACUGAAUGUUAUGCUUUCACUGUGGUUCUAUCAUAUCUUGAACGUGUGUGUACAGAAUGCAAUUGAAAAUAUAGAGCACAAUGUUAAAUUGUGGUAGCCCAGCUUUGUUUGACACUUGUUUUUAAGGAAUUUGAAUUCUGAAAUUGUCACUGUGCAAAAAUAAACA